CACUCAACCGUUCCUUUCAUAUCCCCUCUCUCUCUAUAUACACACCAUUCUCUCUCUAAAACACCACCUGUUCCUUUCAUCUCUCUCAUAUUCUCCUUGAGCCACUCCACUCCAUUGUCACUUUACUUCACACUCUCAAAAACAUCAACCACCCUUUCACCACCAUUCUCCAUUCUCUCUCUCUCUCUCUAAAAACCCCAACAUUUCAAACCUUUGAAACCAAACAUGAGCAAAGAAAAACUUGUAGUGGAAAUCUUGGGGGCCCACAAUCUAAUGCCAAAAGAUGGUGAAGGUUCAUCAUCUGCAUUUGUUGAAGUUGAGUUUGAAGGUCAACGACAAAGAACACAAGUCAAAUACAAAGAUUUAAACCCUGUGUGGAACGAGAAGCUUGUGUUUCAUGUAAACGACGUCGUUGAUCUUCCCUACAGGACUAUAGAAGUCAACGUGUUUAAUGAAAAACGGUCAAACAACAGCCGGAAUUUUUUGGGUAAAGUUAGGGUUUCCGGUACUAGCAUUGCACGUGAGGGCCACGAGGAGGUUGUUCCUCAGCUUCACACGCUUGAUAAACGUAGCUUGUUUUCCCACGUGCGUGGUGAGAUUACGUUUAAGUUGUACUUGUCGGUCAAAGAGCAGGUCAAAGGUGGUGGUGACGGCGGUGGAGUGGUGGUUUCCGGUGGGGUUUUGAAAAAAAGUAAGAAGUUUCAGCAGCAGCAACAACAGAGUACAAACGGCGUCGUUUCGACCCACCAGGGUCAAGAAAACAAGAAAAUGACCCGACCCGACCCGAAUCACAUGGCCCACAAACCCGACCCGACUAAAAAUGAACUCAAACCCGUUGUCAUCACAUCCAUCCCGGGCCCACCUAUCUCCGCCGUGGGCGCCGCCGUGAACGGCGGCGCCGGUGGUGGCGCCGCCAACGGAAACCGGGUUGGGGUGUUUUCCGGUGGGUCAAAUGAGUAUGGUUUAAAAGAAACAAACCCUCAUCUUGGUGGGGGCCACUUGAAUAAAGACAAAACCAGUGCUACUUAUGAUUUGGUGGAGCAAAUGCAGUAUCUUUAUAUCCGGGUGGUCAAAGGGCGGGAUAUUCCGGUGGUCAACGGCGGAGAGGUGGUGGCGGAGGUCAAACUUGGCAACUAUAGAGGGAUAACAAAAAGGGUUGCUUUGAACAAUGCUGAAUGGGAUCAAGUGUUUGCAUUUUCUAAAGAUACAAUUCAGUCAUCAAUGGUGGAGAUUUUUGUAAAAGAGAGGGAUAAAGAUGAGUAUUUGGGUCGGGUUUGGUUUGACUUGAAUGAGGUUCCGAAACGGGUCCCGCCCGAUAGCCAGUUGGCGCCGCAGUGGUACCGAAUGGAUGAUAAGCGGGGCGAAAGGUCGAAAGGGGGCGAGGUUAUGUUGGCGAUUUGGUUCGGGACACAGGCGGAUGAGGCGUUUUCGGAGGCGUGGCAUUCGAAGGCGGCGAACGUGCAUUUAGACGGGCUUUGUUCGAUUCAAUCGAAGGUAUAUCUUUCGCCUAAACUAUGGUAUUUACGUGUUUCGGUUAUUGAAGCGCAAGAUGUCGUUUUGGGCGAAAAGGGGUCGGGUUUGAUGCGGUAUCCCGAGCUUAAUGUGAAAGUGCAAGUUGGAAACCAGGUUUUGAAGACCCGAGCGGCUCCGGCUAUAGCGGGCCGGAGUCUCUCGAACCCGUUUUGGAAUGAAGAUUUGAUGUUUGUGGUGGCUGAGCCUUUUGAGGAUUUUGUUAUGUUGAGCGUUGAAGAUCGGGUUGGGCCGGCCCGUGAGGAGGUUUUGGGCCGGGUUAUGUUGCCCGUUUCGCUUAUUACUCGGAGGUUGGAUUCGAAGGAAGUGGCUUCGAGAUGGUAUAAUCUCGACGGGCAUUUCGGUAACCCAAACGAGGCGAAAGCGGUUGUGAGAUUCGCUUCACGGAUCCAUGUUCGAGCCACUCUCGAUGGCGGGUAUCAUGUGCUUGAUGAAGCUACAAUGUAUAGUAGUGAUGUUAGACCAACUGCCAAACAGUUAUGGAAGCCUCACAUUGGUGUUCUUGAAAUGGGUAUUUUGGGGGCUUCUAAUCUUAUGCCUAUGAAGAUCAAAGAAGGUAAAGGCGGGUCAACCGAUGCUUAUUGCGUGGCGAAAUACGGGCAGAAAUGGGUCAGGACCCGAACCGUUGUCGAUAGUUUAGCUCCGAAAUGGAACGAGCAGUACACUUGGGAAGUUUUCGAUCCAUGCACGGUUAUCACAAUCGGGGUUUUCGAUAAUUCACGGGUCGAUAAAAACCCGUCUGGUGGUGGUGGAGGGGGGACUCGUGAUUCGCGUAUCGGGAAAGUUCGGAUUCGGUUGUCUACGCUUGAAUCGGACCGGGUUUACACUCAUGCAUAUCCUCUAUUGAUGUUGCAUCCUUCUGGUAUGAAGAAAAUGGGUGAGCUUCAUUUGGCUGUUAGAUUCUCUUGUGCUAAUAUGGUUAACAUGCUUCAUAUGUACACUAUGCCUUUACUACCUAAAAUGCACUAUGUACAACCCUUGUCUGUGACCCAACUAGACAGCUUGAGAUACCAAGCCUUGAAUGUGGUGGCUUCUCGGCUCAGCCGAUCCGAGCCAUCGUUGGGUCGGGAAGUGGUCGAGUACAUGCUCGACCACGACUCUCAUAUGUGGAGCAUGAGGAAGAGCAAAGCCAACUUCUUCCGGCUCACAAACGUGUUGUCUUGGCUCGUGUUUGUCAACCGGUUGAUAGAGGGUAUGCGGAACUGGAACAUGCCGGUUUACUCGAGCAUGUUCGUACUCACUUUCAUGAUCAUGGUACUGAUGCCGGAGCUAAUCGUGCCGUCGAUACUGUUGGGAUUCGCGGUUAUCGGGCUGUGGAAAUACCGAUUCCGCCCUCGAAACCCGCCUCACAUGGACACCCGUCUCUCGCAUGCCGAAGGCGUUCACCCCGACGAACUAGAUGAAGAAUUUGACUCGUUCCCGACAAGCAGGAGCGCGGAAAUCGUAAGGAUCCGGUAUGACCGGUUGAGGAGUGUGGCUGGUCGGAUCCAGACCGUGGUCGGAGAUAUGGCAACGCAAGGCGAAAGGUUCCAAGCGUUACUAAGCUGGCGAGACCCGAGGGCGUCGUUCUUGUUUGUGGUGGUGUGUUUCUUUGCGGCCAUCGGGUUCUACCUUGUGCCGAUCCGGUGGGUGGUGGCGGUUUGGGGGUUGUAUGUCUUGCGGCCGCCGCGGUUCCGCAACAAGCUGCCAUCAAGUGCUGUUUGUUUCUUCAAGAGGUUGCCUACUAUGGCUGAUAGUAUGUUGUAGAGUUGAUGUUUUAGUUUAUUUUAUAUUAUGGGGUUUAAAAUGUGUUGCUAUAUUUUGGGUUGUUA